CGAGGAAGGGAAAAGAAGGAAAGGGGGGAGUAAAUUGGAAACUAAACGAGGCGGGGGUGUAAGUGAAGGCUUUAUUUAUAUUGUCCUGAAAUAAAGUGAUUAAUGUCAGCGCAGUGCCAUGUUUGGUUUCCACCAGAUCAACCCAACCCUCUUCCAUGCCCUACCUCCACAUAGUGUCCCGAGUAUCGAACGAUCUUCCCAAAUUUAACCCCUCCUUGGCGUAGGACGGAGUCACUGCCAAAGUUUUUUUCUACGGAGAAAGGGAACCGUUAAGGAAAGCGAGUCCAGGCUGUCCCUCAAGAGAUGGUACUUAUGACCGAACAACCGGACAGAGAUCUAACUCCGUUAUCUACGCCAGAACAAGUUGUAAAGUCUGUCAAACCGGUCAGAAAAGAUCCGAGGGGGAUCCAAUCGACGUCGGAGGCAGCGAAUGGAGGAGAGGACAAGCCCAGGAGGAGUGCCAGUGGGAGGUCUGCUGGGGACACUCAGGUGUCAAUGGACACUGAGUCAGACCUCUCAGAGAGCAGGAAGAAACCACCCCUCAUGAAAUUUAAAGCUGUGGAGCUGCCUUCCCCGAUGCAAACUCCAAGUGAUGGUGAAACUAAGUUUGAAGGAAGAAAGAAAUCCCAGUCCAGCCAGAUAUCCAAGACAAAUGCCCAGUACCAUAAAAUAUUCAAAGAAAUCAGCAAGGAUGAGUUACUGAAACAAAGUUACACCUGUGCACUGCAGAAAGACAUGCUGUAUCAGGGCAAAAUGUUUGUGUCUGAUAACUGGAUAUGUUUCCACUCCAAAGUCUUCGGCAGAGAUACUAAGAUUGCUAUUCCUGUACUCUCUGUGACUCUUAUCAAGAAGACAAAAACUGCCAUUUUGGUUCCAAAUGCACUCGUUAUCACAUCCACAAACAAGCGGCACGUAUUUGCAUCAUUCCUAUCCCGAGAUACAACCUAUAAACUUCUGAAAUCCGUCUGCGUUCAUCUGGAUGGGGACAAAACAGGGAGCAGCCUCAUUACUUCCUCUGCUGAGAAUAGCUUCAUAGCCGAUUGUCCCUCCUCACUUCCUCUGGAUUUCUCUGGAGACUUCUCAGACCUGGAUGGGGUUGUGUGCCAAAGGAGGCAAGACAUGCUGGAGACCAGCAGCUCAGGCUCCCAGACCCCAGACUAUGAGAAAAUGACGGAGUUCCCCAGCAUCCCAGACACGUUCCUGAGCGCGGUGAAGAACGUAGAGGUGGCGGUGCACGCAGACAUCCACCUCCAGACCCCCAACCAAAAACACGGAGCCGCUCACCAGAACGGGCCGACCAAGCCUGCCCAGGGUGUUGUACACAAAGUGAAAUCGCUACAGCCAGUGUCGUUGAACACCCUUCUACUCGUCUAUUUGUUCCUAGUUAGUGUCCUUGUCUUGUCUUCGUGUUACAUGGCCUUCAAGAUUAUGGCUCUUGAGAAGCGGCUGAACUCGUUGAGUUCCGUGGGGGAGUAUGCACACAACGAAAACGUUGUGCAUCACAGAUCGCAGGUCGACUUCAAUGCCGAAAUCUAUGGGGAGCUGUCUACAAACCUGUUCAAGCUAGAAAAGGUUUGUCGCCUUGCCAGCGAAGACGGUGUCAACAUCUGCUCACUGUUUGCUACUCCCAAAAGUUGUUUAAUCCGCUUCAUUAAAGUUCACUUUUUGGGAGUAGCUUAUAGUCUUAGGCGUACUGAGGGAAUCAUGGCCACGGAAGAACCAUCCCCUCCGUCGUCCAUGGAGAGCAACAAACCCGGCUUCCCCAAACAGAUUCUGGCCAACAAGCUGGAAGAUAAACACCUGUGUAACUGCUGUCAGAAGCUGCUGCGGAGGCCCUUCCAAGCCCAGUGUGGACACCGCUUCUGUUCCUACUGCUUCAAUAGGACUGUCAGAGAUGGACCUCAGAAAUGCAGUGCUUGUAUCAAAGAGGACAUUUUUGAAGAACCCACGUCGAUUCUAAAACAAGGCUGUGCUUUUCCUGACAACGCAGCUCGACGAGAGGUCGAAAACCUCUCUGUUGUCUGCAUCAACGAAGGCUGUACCUGGAAAGGCAAUAUUAAAGAAUAUGAGUUGAGCCAUGAGGGGAAGUGUGACUACAUGAUCAUCCCCUGCCCCUCCUGUAAAGAGCAGAUCCGCUUCAACGAACAGGAACGCCACAAUGAGCGAGAGUGCCCUGAGAGAACUCUCAACUGCAAGUACUGCAAGGAACCAUUCCAUUUCAAAAACAUCAAGGCCCACGACGAGAUCUGCCCCAAGUACCCCAUGAUCUGUGAAGGCUGUGCCAAGAAGAAAAUACCCAGGGAGAAGUACGUGGACCACAUUAAGUUCUGCAGCAAAUUCAGAACUCCAUGCAGAUUCCAUGUUGUUGGGUGUGAUAUGUCAGUGGAGAAGGAGAGGAUCCAUGACCACGAGAGGGCCUGCGCCUAUGAGCACCUCAACUUGCUGCUGCACUACAUUAUGGGGAUGAAGGUGAGCAUGGAGGGCCUGCAGCCGCAAGGCCUGGAGCUGGCUGGACACAAGCUCCUGGAGCUCCACCAUUCCCUCAGGGAGCUGGAGGCACGCGUCUCCCAGCUCAGCACUACCUCCACCGGGCCUUCCGUGCAGGGGGCCACCAACUCUCCUUCCUCCCCGCCUCCCGCCCUAGCUCCUCCCCUGCCUCCACCUCCCGCCCUGGCCCCCACCCUGACUGUGUCCACCUCCUUCACCCCCUUGCCCAGCUCGGUGGGGGCGGCCCUGGAGCUACAGCUCCACAGUGAGAAGACCAAGGUGGCGGAGCUGGGACGCAGGUGCACGGACCUGGAGGUGAAGGCGGGGAUGUUUGAGAAUGUGGUUUGCGUGUUGAACCGAGAGGUGGAGCGCUUUGCCACAACCAUGGAGGCCAGUAACAGACAGCAUCGCCUAGACCAGGAUAAGAUUGAGGCCCUGAGCAACAAGGUGCGGCAGCUGGAGAGGACGGUGGGGCUGAAAGACCUGACGGUAGCAGAGAUGGAAGGCAGGCUGAGGGAGAUAUCGGGCACCACAUUCGACGGCGUCUUCAUCUGGAGGAUCUCUGACUUUACCAAAAAAAGACAGGAUGCCAUCGCUGGCCGAGCUCCUGCCAUGUUCUCACCAGCCUUCUACACCAGUAAAUACUGCUAUAAGAUGUGUCUGCGGAUCUACCUGAACGGGGACGGGACAGGGCGUGGCAGCCACCUUUCUCUGUUCUUUGUGGUGAUGAGGGGACUGAGUGAUGCUCUGCUCAAAUGGCCCUUCAACCAGAAGGUGACUCUGAUGCUGCUGGACCAGAGUAACAGGGAGCACAUCAUCGAUGCCUUCCGGCCCGACGUCACUUCCUCUUCCUUCCAAAGGCCUGUAAGUGAGAUGAAUAUCGCCAGCGGCUGCCCGCUCUUCUGCCCGCUCUCCAAGCUCGACGCCAAGAACUCCUACAUCCGCGACGACACCAUUUUCAUUAAGGCCAUCGUGGAUCUCACAGGCCUCUAGGAUGCACCCUUUGAAGUGGAAGUGCAAGACAACCGAGCAGCAAUGUGGCCAUUCAGGCUUAAUUUUGGCUGCUUUUGAGCACCAUUUCGGCUCCAUUUUGGUUCCGUUCGGCCCUAUUUCAGUCCCCUUCAUUAGUAGGGAGACUGACAUGCUUGCUACCGUGUGCUGCAUGUGGCUCCAGUGUGCCCAGCUCAGGAGGCCCUUGCACUGUUGUAGCUCGACCAUCUCUUAAUGCCACAAUACUGGUUCCUCAUGGUGCUUGAACCCCAGUUGUGUAGCUUUAUUAUUUGUAUCCAUGGAAAUAACUCCAGAAUAUAGUCUCAGUAUUUAGUAGGACAGAACCUGUGGUAUUUAAAUGGGGAUAUGUGGCAAUUGAAUUGAUUUGGAGGACAUCUUUUUCUCUUUGUUUUUCAUAAGACUUCAUUAGGUCUCAGAGAGAGUGAAUUGUAGCCGUGAGAGAAUAGCAAAAAGAGGGAUAUGAACCUUUUCCUUGUCAGUGUAGAAAACUGCCCCACUGCUUAUCGCAGACGUAGAGCUUAUCGUGGCUUGGUGCAGCAGGGUAUUCACUGUAUCUCUUGUUUCCGAUCUCAACCCGAGUCAUUUUGAUUAUGGAUAUCGUGAGCUUCUCAAUGCCUUUGUUGAGUACAUUUGCAUAGACAAACGUGGAGUUAUGUUAUGAAUAAGAAUAUGGGCAUUUGUUUGCCUUUUUGCGCAAAUUGCAUGCGGGCUAUCUUUUAUUGGCCUUGGUGUUGAAGUGCUCGCUCUUUUCAUUGGGCUGCUGAAGGGAUCCUUCCUUGUUCGUUAUUACACCUGUUAGUGAGUUAAACCAUCUGUGAUGGUGGACAUUGCCUGCAUGUCUUGGAUCCAGGCAUAUACUUUUACAUAUACUUGUUCGUGUUGCGUUUCUUGUUCCUCUUUAGGGGUUGAGGCUUAUGGGAUUGGUGGUUCGGUACAUCUGUGGAAGAUACAGUGGAGUUAUCAUGGUGUUAUAAGGCAGCUUGCCAAUCAAAGCCUGAGGCAUACAAGUGUAUUUCUAUCACUGGUAAAUACAUCAAGCUGGAAGAGCUUUCCCCUCCAGGAUAUGCUCAUUACAGUAGCUCAUAUAUCAACACAUAGUACUGUGCCCCACCACAGAUGUUAAUACAGGUUCCAUGAACUGAAGGAAUGGUGUGUUCCUUGUUUUCUGUUCAUAUUACAGUGUGGUACAUUUGUAUGUAGUUUUGCUGCUAUGUCAGAUAUGUUGGUGAUGUAAAACAAAUGUGUUGCGAUCAAUGAAAUGUAGGACAGACAGUUGAAGGUGGAAAGUGGAAGGAUAAAGAGAGAUGUAACCACGAAGUGAAAACAAGUGAAUGUGAUGGUAUACUUUGCGAUUGGACCAUAGUGGUUGAUCAUCGUUAAUUGAUGUUUGAUGUAACUCUAGAUAAAUCCCAUUAACCUGUGGGUGACAGUGAAACCUCUUAGCCUAGGUGGUAGUAUUAUGAUUCAUGAAGCCCCACAAAUGACACUGACCAAAAUGCUAAAUCUGAGGAAAUCCUUUAGAUCUGAAAUAUAUCUGUAGGUUGUAUGCUUGUCCAUUAGGGGGUGCUGUUUUACUUGGUACGCCUGUGUGCGUCCCCAAUAGUCUUCCCCCUCUGGACUUGUGUAGGGGUUUUCACCUGCCUGUUUUGAAAGCAGUCUUGACCUGUUUUGAAACCUCUCUGUGCAUGGGAGGGUUCAAUUCAUAUUCAGUAUCGCAGUUCGUGGUUGGCUUACCUCGUAGACCAAUGGCGAAUGCAUUUAUUUGCAUUUAUUUGGAGGAGUAUAAAUAAAGAUGUUAGAGUUAUUAUUAUGUCAUAUCUCGCACAGCUUCUGUUCAACACAAGCAGAUGCCUAUAUAUAUAUAUAUAUUCAUAAGAAUUGAUAAAUAUAAUAUCAUAAUGUUGAACAAUUCAAUAUAUUGAUGUUACUAUACCCAUAUUGUUAUUAAUAAAUAUAGUAUAGUUGAAUAUAUUAUUAAUGAUAUAAAUAAUACCUACUUUUUGUUUGUCGAGGUGGUUUAAGACAAGUCUGGAAAACCCCUUAAAGUAACCCAAAUACAUCAAAUGCUGUGCCACAUGAUACCAACCAUGGCACCCCAUUCUCCUGGGUUAACUGAGGGUUAAAAACCAAAAUAUGAAGUGGUUGUGUUUACAUUCCCCAAAAUGACCCUUUAAAGGUUCCCACAGUAAUUCUGUGUCAUAUAACUGUGCUUCUCAACCUUUUCUGUACCACUGGGGCCGGAAAACAAUGGUGCCUCUUGUACCAAGAACCGUCAAGUUGCUCUGGUCCUUCCUCCUCAAAGGACUCCUUAGGCCUAUAUCAAAACAGCACUUGAGAUCUGGCUACAUUAUUGUCAGCUAACCAUCUGAUGGACCGGUCAGCAGCAUCCCAGAGGUUGAGGACCACAGAUUUUUUUUGUCUUCUGAGAAAGGGUGCGUUGGUUGUUAUUAUAGGUAGUAUUUGCGCUCUGAACAUCAUAUUUGUGCAGUCAGUGAAUAUGGUGUUUGGUCCUUUGAUGGUAAUAAACAGGGUUUGGUUCUGGAGGAGUUGAUUCUGACUAUGUUCAUUAUAGGGCAAAUCCCUCCUGCAGAGGUAGCUUUUUUAGCAUCAAACUGUAGAAGUUGUUCAGUCAGUUUACAGCCCUCAACGAAAAGGAAUUCAUAUAUAUUCUUUCCUUUCCAUAAAUACUUAUCCUUGUGUUGUGCCAGAAUGUUAUAUUACCUCCAAAUUAUUGCAAAAGCUGUGUUAUACAUUGUACUUGUAUUCUAUGCUAAAAAAUGGUGCCAAAUAUGCUUAGAGAAAAAAUAGAUAUUAUGUACAUAUGAAGGUUUAUAGUUUGUAUUUUUGUUUCAUUCCAAUGUAAUGCAUGGGUCACUUUUGGAAACACCUAGACUGAUGGAGUACUUUCAGCAAAAUAUCUCCUCAUAAUCCAAUAAUAUACCUUUCUUUAGGUCUCUGAAUGUAAAGCUUUAAUGCAGUGGUCCUUUACUCUUUCUGGGAGAGAAAACCAGUUCUGUUUUAACAGUUGUUGAUGCAGUUGAAUUUAAUGAACUUUAAUUGUGCACUUUGUAUUAUUUAAAUGUGAAACAGGGUACUACUUUGUUCUGUGAUUUGUAUACUGUGAAGUCCGAGCUAUAUACAUUCUGAUUUGUUGAUCAUGUAUGUUCUCUAUACGCUGUAAAGGCUGUAACAGGACAUGUAGUAUGCAAUAAAUUUGUCAUUGGA